ACGUAGACAGAUUUCUUUAAAAGCUUAUCUUGUUUGGUUUUUCCUUCGUAUCUGUCCAAAUAAAUUUUUAAUUAAAACCCAAUUAACCGCAUAUCAAAUUGUUAAAACCAGCAUUUUUAAACAUAUCUCUAUAUAUAUGCAUAUAUAUGCGCACAAAUAAUCACUUUUCACGGAAGUUUGACUUAUUUUUAUACACAUUUCAAGAUUACAUUUCGCGAGGAACGUUUGUGCUUGUUGCGCGAAAGUUAUUUAUUUGUUUUCCUUUUUUUUUUGCAGUGAGUUUCAGUCAAUAAUUAGCAUUUUGAAUAAAAUGAAUUCCAUAUUAAUAACCGGUUGUAAUCGAGGUUUGGGUUUAGGUAUUGUUAAAGCUUUAACGAGAUUGCCUAAACCGCCGCAAUAUUUGUUUGCUACAUGUCGCAAUAAGGAUCAGGCCAAGGAACUGCAAGACUUGGCUGCUCAAAACUCGAAUAUCCACAUUUUGGAAAUUGAUUUACGCAAUUAUGAUGCUUACGAAAAUUUGAUUAAACAAAUCGAAGAGAUUACUGAGAACAAUGGAUUAAAUGUGCUUUUUAAUAAUGCGGGCAUAGCGCCAAAAUCGACUAAAAUUACUGCUACUAAAAAGGAUGAUUUAAUGAACACUUUAGAGACUAAUACAGUGGUCCCGAUAAUGCUGGCUAAGGCUUGUUUACCCCUGUUGAAAAAAGCUGCUACUGUUCAAUCAAAUUUUGAUUUUGGUGUUCAACGUGCUGCCAUAUUAAAUAUGAGUUCCAUAUUGGGAUCGAUUGAAGCGAAUGCGGACGGUGGUUUAUACGCUUAUCGGACUUCAAAAGCGGCUCUGAACGCCGCGACGAAAUCCUUGAGCAUCGAUUUGCUUGCUGAUAAGAUUCUAUGCGUAGCUUUACACCCGGGCUGGGUACGUACCGAUUUAGGUGGCUCCAGAGCUCCUCUGGAGGUGGACGAAACUAUGACAAAGCUAGUUGAUACUGUUUUGCAAUUAAAUGCUACGCAUAAUGGCGGUUUCUAUCAAUAUGAUGGCGAAAAGUUGCCGUGGUAAACGGUGACGAUCAUAUGAAAUUUCCAAUUAAUUCAAGAAAUAUUUUACAUUUGAUGUGAAUUAACGACAAAAUCACAUUUAAUUAAAAAUUACGUAUCCUUCUUGAAUUUACCUUUAGUGUUGCUUAUUAUUAUUAAACUCGCUUGCAAA